AGCCCCGCCGCUCUCCGGCUCUUGGGCUUGGGAGUGUGGGUCCCUCCAAGCCUGCUCUCCGCGCGUCGCUCCGGGACCCCGGAGGACCCACUGCCCCCCCGCCAGGCCGGGGCCACAGAUCCCCCGGGCGCCUCUCAUCUCUGCAGCUCUUCUAAGACAAGAUGCCAUCGGGCUUCCAACAGAUCGGCUCUGAAGACGGGGAGCCUCCUCAGCAGCCAGUGACUGGGACCCUAGUCCUUGCCGUGUUCUCUGCUGUGCUUGGUUCUCUGCAAUUUGGCUACAACAUUGGGGUUAUCAAUGCCCCUCAGAAGGUGAUUGAACAGAGCUACAAUGCCACGUGGCUGGGGAGGCAGGGGCCUGAGGGACCUGGUUCCAUCCCGCCAGGCACCCUCACCACCCUCUGGGCUCUCUCUGUGGCCAUCUUUUCUGUGGGCGGCAUGAUUUCCUCCUUCCUCAUUGGCAUCAUCUCUCAGUGGCUAGGAAGGAAAAGGGCUAUGCUGGCCAACAAUGCCCUGGCUGUGCUAGGGGGCACCUUCAUGGGGCUGGCCAAUGCCACUGCCUCCUAUGAGAUACUCAUUCUCGGACGGUUCCUAAUUGGCGCCUACUCAGGGCUAACGUCAGGACUGGUGCCCAUGUAUGUGGGAGAGAUUGCUCCCACUCAUCUUCGGGGUGCCUUGGGGACACUUAACCAACUGGCCAUUGUCAUUGGCAUUCUAAUUGCCCAGGUGCUGGGUUUAGAGUCCAUGCUGGGCACUGCCACCCUGUGGCCACUGCUCCUGGGCAUCACAGUGCUCCCUGCCUUACUACAAUUGAUCCUGCUACCCUUCUGCCCGGAAAGCCCCCGCUACCUCUACAUCAUCCGGAACCUGGAGGGGCCCGCCCGAAAGAGUCUGAAGCGCCUGACGGGCUGGGCAGAUGUGUCUGAUGUGCUGGCCGAGCUGAAGGAUGAGAAGCGGAAACUGGAGCGUGAGCGACCCUUGUCCCUGCUCCAGCUCCUGGGCAGCCGCACCCACCGGCAGCCCCUGGUCAUUGCAGUUGUGCUGCAGCUGAGCCAGCAGCUCUCAGGCAUCAAUGCUGUUUUUUAUUAUUCAACCAGCAUCUUUGAGUCUGCAGGAGUGGCUCAGCCAGCUUAUGCCACCAUAGGAGCUGGCGUAGUCAACACUGUCUUCACCUUAGUGUCGGUGCUGUUGGUGGAGCGGGCUGGGCGUCGGACUCUCCAUCUCCUAGGCCUGGCGGGCAUGUGUGGCUGUGCCAUCUUGAUGACUGUGGCUCUGCUUCUGCUGGAGCGGGUUCCAGCCAUGAGCUACGUUUCCAUUGUGGCCAUCUUUGGCUUUGUGGCAUUCUUUGAAAUUGGCCCUGGCCCCAUCCCCUGGUUCAUUGUGGCUGAGCUCUUUAGCCAGGGACCCCGCCCAGCAGCAAUGGCGGUGGCUGGUUUCUCCAACUGGACGUGCAACUUCAUCGUUGGCAUGGGUUUCCAGUAUAUUGCGGAUGCUAUGGGUCCCUACGUCUUCCUUCUAUUUGCCGUCCUCCUGCUUGGCUUCUUCAUCUUCACCUUCUUAAAAGUGCCUGAAACUCGAGGCCGGACAUUUGACCAGAUCUCAGCCGCCUUCCGCCGGACACCCUCUCUUUUAGAACAGGAGGUGAAACCCAGCACGGAACUGGAAUACUUAGGGCCAGAUGAGAAUGACUGAGGGGCCAAGGCCAGAGAGAGAACCAGCUCCUCCGCCUCUGAGACCCCUCCUUUCCUCUGCGGCACUUUAACCCUCUCUAUCCCAUUACUUCCAGUGUGGAAAAAUCCUACAACCUGGUAGAAGUGGGAAGCUAGAGGGAUGGAUGGUCUGAGCACCCUUUCAUUCCCCUGUGUGACUCUUGGAUUAUUUAUGUGUGGUGGUUAGGCCAUGGCCAUUGGUGUGGGCCACUCUCCCCUGACCCUCCCCCCCCUUCCUCCUGCCUCAACCCAGACCUAGCUCCAGAAUACUUCAUCCCUUCUAGAAAAGGGGAACUGCAGGAAGGGAGAUCCUCGCCUGCUUCUUUAGUGGGACAAACAUAAGCAGAGAGCAGGAUGUCAGACUGACAAGUCAAGUUUCCCACCAACUUCAGCUCCUCCCACACUCUUGCCACACCAACUCUAGGUGAAGGGGAUUCUGUCUUGACCCCUCCAGGGCAAAGGACAAAACCUCCCCAAAUCGUGCCUCUCCUCCCUCCCUUUAGGUUCAGCCUUCCAGGGUGAAAGGGAACACAUGACAGUAUAUACCCGCAUGUGGUAAGAAAGGGCAGCAGGCACCCACUCUAGUUUUGGGACCCUAUUCUGAUUGCCAAGACUGCCAAGUGGGGGCCCAACUCACUCUACUUGCAACCUGUACCCACAGGCUUUUGAUUUGUAAGGCUGUCUGCUAACAUUGGUGGGAGGGAGCCUUUAGAUAUUUUUGUAUAUGUAUGGAUAAGGGGCAGGGAGCAGCCAUCAAAGGGCUGCUGUAUUAAAUGUGUAUAUAUACAUGUAUAAAGUCA